GUCGUUAAUGUUAGCGUAUAGUUAGCGUAUAGCUAAAACACUAAAAACUAGUUUCAAGGAACGGAAGAGUUUAAAAACAGCUUUGUAAAAUAGCUAAACCAGAUUAUAUAUACAGAAAAAUUGUCAUUUUAAUUGUAGUUUUUAAGAGGUGUUUCAUGUCAAAGACAUUGCUGGUUUAUGAAAGAAUGGUUACAUACACUCUCAUCGGCCACUUUAUUAGGAACACGAUACUAAUACUGGGUAGGAUCCCUUUUGCUAUGAGAACAGCAAAUCGUGGCAUUGCUUCAACAAUGUUAACUGAAACUGGACAGAAGAAGACUGGAAAAAGACCAGAUGAUGUUUUUCCAGUCUUCAGGUGUCAAGUUUCAGUGAGCUUGUAUCCGCUGUAGCCACAGAUUGCUGUUCUUGGCUGACAGGAGUGUAAUCUGAUGUGGUGUUCUGCUGAUGAAGUCAGUCCACCUCAAGGUUCACAACAAUGUGUUGUGCAUCAGGAGAUGCUUUUCUGCUCACCACGGUUUUAGAGAGUGAUUAUUUGAGUUCCAUUUGCCUUCCUGUCAGCUCAAACCAUUCUGCCCAUUCUCCUUUGACGUCUCUCAUCAAGAAGAUGUUUCCCCCUGAGGAACUUCUGCUGGUUGGAUGUUUUUUGUUUUUUGCACCAUUCUACUCUAUUUAACUCUAGAGACUGUUGUGCAUGAAAAUUCCAGGAGAUCAGCAGUUUCUGAAAUCCUCACACCAGCCCAUCUGGCACUGACAACUCUGCUAGUGUCACUGAAAUCACAUUUCUUCCCAGUCUGAUGUUUGAUGUGAACUUUAAAUGAAGUUCUUGACCUGUAUCUGAAAGAUUUUAUGCAUGGCGCUCCUGCCACGUGAUUGGCUGAUUGGGUAAUUACAUGAAUGAGCAGGAGUACAGGUGUUCCUAAUAAAGUGGUCAGUGAUUGUGUAUAUAACUCCUUCUAUCAAACCAUCACUGAUUUCAAACUUUCUUUAAUUAUUACGCAUGCUUGAUUCUUUGUAAAGGAAAUAAUAGCCUUCUUGUACAAAGCUGGGACGUACUGCAUAUGGUCUUCUCUAUCUUCUGGCUCAGGUGUUCUCCAAAUUUUUCAACCAGGGACCCUUUCACCUAUAAAAUAAAUUCCACAGACCUUCUUGGUACACAUUUAUUUCAUGAACCCAAUACAAAUAUUCAAAUAUUAAGCUCAUUAUUUAAAUGUCAACAAUUAUAUUCAUGCUAUUUAUUAGAGCCACAGAGCUUUUUAUGUUUUCCUUUGCCCUAUACACAGACCAUUGCAUUUUGCUACACUGUCAGAGCUGUAAACAUUGUGCUGUACCCAAAUAUUCCAGCCCACAUUCAGUGAAAACCCACGUUAAAUGAUAUAUGUCUCUUUGAUGUGGACUAUGGAUCUAUUCUAAUGCAUGAGAUUUGCUCGUGAUAACUCUUGAUCAAAAUAUCUACAAUAUAGUAUCAAAAUUGGUUAAGCUUACUGAAGGUGUUCAACUAUAUUAAAGUUUCCUAAUAAUUAGCUCAGGUAAGUCGGCACAGUCUUUGUGUUACAUGAAUUUUCCAGGACAAAAUGUUGUUUUAGGAUAAAACAAGCUGGUCACUAGGAUUGUGUCCGCUAUGAUUUUAACUCUGGUAAAUAUUUGACUGACUGAACUGCUGUAAUGAAUUCUCAUUAACAGAAGUUUUAGUGUUUCAUGUGAUAGUCACAUAGUUUACUGAGAGACCAAAGGUCCAUCUUUUCCUCUUUCUUACAUCUUAUUUCAUACCCUCUCAUGAUGGCAACCAGACAAGACCUUUUUAUUUUGCUCUCUAUGCUUGGUUCUGCAUGCGCGCUGUACAAGCAGUGGGUUCCAGACACCAACUUUGAAAAUGUGACAAACUGGGACAAAGGUUCUCUGCCCUGUGGAAGUGAUCAAGUGGUAUUUUCAGCCUCUGGUAAAGUAGCUGUGUAUGUAGGGGAAGCUCAUACACUUUCUGGAAUGAGACUGCCUGUGGAUGGAGAGUUUAUUCUGGCCUCUGGAGCUGGUUUUUCUGUUAGAGAAGGUCAGGAUCCUAGCUGUGGAACAGGUGGCACAGCCCAUUUCAGAGACCCUGACUCUCUGAAGUGGUUUGAUCCAGCUCUGUGGAAGUCUGCUUCCUCAUUAGAUCACUUACAAAAUGGGCCAUAUCUCUUCUUUGUCCAUGAAGAGACUGUACCUUGCCAGCAUGAUGAUGUAGUGUUCCGGGAUGGCUCAUCUUUCCGUGUGGAUGUAUCAGCACAUGAGAACAGCGUUCCUGUGAAGAGCGUGAUGGUGCUGGGGAGGAAGUUCACUGACAACUCUUACUUCUCAGAGUACACCAGUUCCGAUCUGGGAAAGCUGCAGUUUCAUGGAUCUUCAGCAGUUAGAGUCAGUGGAUCAGCUUGCGAUGAUAUCACUGGAUGUGAGUGUGGAAAUUCAGGCAACCAUGACCGGAUCUGCUCAAAUGUCAAGUGCCCAGAGCUGGACUGCAAGAAACCCUUGUACCCAGUGGGACACUGCUGUGAUGUCUGCGGUGCCAUCAUGACUAUUCAUUUCUCUGACAGCUUCAACAUUGAAUCCUACCGCCAGCGACUGCAGCACCUCUUCCUCAGCUUGUCUAAGUAUAAAUCCAUUCAGAUGGCUUUGUCAAAAGUCUCAAAAACUCAGAGGCUGAUGCGAGUCAUUCCUUAUGGAAUCACCCAAGAGAUCCAGGUGGUUCUCCUGGAUGAAAAUACUGGUCCACAGUCUGGAAAGCUGGCUGAAGCCCUGGCUAAGGAUAUACUGAGUGACAUUGAUGCCCAAGGUUCUCACCUGGGCAUAGACAGUGCAGAGUUUCACGCAUCUUCAGGAGCAAGUAGUGGUGAUGUAUCUGGAAUGAGUGGUGGAGAGGUGGCUGGGAUUAUUCUGGGUAUUCUGGCUUUGGUGGCUUUCCUGGCACUGUUUGUAGUUCUCCACCGUCGGGGCAUGCUCAGAGUGCCAAAUUUACCAUCACUGAGUAGCUGGAGGAAGGAUAGUGAGAUUGGGGAUCUGGGUGGGCCUCUAGACCACGGUUUUGCCAACCCCAUGUUUGAGAAGCAAAGCACUUUGCCAGAGAUCUCUGGACUGUAUGGAACAGAGAGUCUGAAUGGUAUCACCUUAACACAUUCAGGUGUGCACUUUGUGAAUCCUGUGUAUGAUGAAACUGACUUCAAUGCAUAAUGCUGAUUAAAUGUUAAUGACACUCCUGUCACUUCUCAAAGAAUUAAUUCAUUUAUGCUUGACUUCAGUUGUUAAAUGUAAAAAGUAAAGCCUUUCAGAAUAUUGCAUACUUGUGAUUAGAUAAACACUGUGUGAUUAGAACAUUUAGUUGGCUCAUUGCUUGUCUCAGUCAUGUUACAGCAAGAAAAAUGUAAGAUUUAUUUGAAUGAAUCACAUGAAAUAAAGUUAAAAUGAAUCACAUGAAAUAAAGUUAAAAAUAAGUACA